AGUCGGGCGGUUGCAGCUGGAGGCAAGCGCCUUUCUCUGCCGGCGCCCCGCCUCAUCCGGACAUCCCCGCCCGCGGCAGGUGGGCAGGUGGCAGAACCGGCCGGACCUGCUCCACUGGCCGAGCCCUGGAGCUAAGAGCCUGGCGGUGGCCAGCGGCGCCAUGGAGGGGUACGCGGACCCCGAGGAGCUGGCGCGGCUGCGCUCGGUCUUUGCCGCCUACGACACGAGGGGCUCGGGGCGCCUGGAGCGAGCGGAGUUCGGCGCGCUGUGCGCGGAGCUGCACGUGGCUGAGGCCGAAGCGGAGGCGGUGUUCCUGGGGCUCGACACCGACUGCGAUGGUGCCAUCACCUUCCCGGAGUUCGCGCGCGGCUUCCGCGGAGCAUUCGGCCGGGACAGUGCAGAGGCCCAGGGAGCCUGGGACGCUGCCGAGCCAGAGAUCCCGGGCCCGGCGUGGCGGGACUUCCAUGCGCGCCUCGGAGACGAGGCCCAACUCAUUCCCAGAAAAGAACAAGUUAGUACCCUGUACCAGAACAUCAAUCUUGUGGAGCCAAGACUAAUUCAGCCAUAUGAACAUGUGAUAAGAAACUUUCUCCGUGAGAUCAAACUCCAGAGCACCGAAAUGGAAAACUUGGCUAUUGCAGUGAAGAGAGCCCAAGAUAAGGCAGCCAUUCAGCUGAGUGAGUUGGAAGAGGAAAUGGAUCAGAGGAUUCAUGCAGUGGAAAGUGAGACCCGGAAAGAUGAAAAACGCAAAGCAGAGGAAGCCCUCAGUGACCUCAGACGUCAGUAUGAAACAGAAGUUGGAGACCUACAGGUGACCAUUAAAAAGUUAAAAAAGCUUGAAGAACAAUCGAGACACAUAAGUCAAAAGCAAGAUGUCACAGCAUUAAAGAAACAAAUUUAUGAUUUAACAAUGGAAAAUCAGAAACUCAAGAAAGAUCUUUUGGAAGCACAGACGAAUGUAGCCUUUCUUCAGAGUGAAUUAGAUGCUUUGAAAAGCGAUUAUGUUGACCAGAGUCUGAAUUCUGAACGGGAUCUGGAAAUAAUCCGAGAGUACACAGAAGAUCGGAGUAGUCUUGAGAGGCAAAUUGAAAUCCUCCAAACAGCUAACCGGAAGCUGCAUGACAGUAAUGAUGGCCUCAGGAGUGCACUGGAAAACACUUACAGCAAGCUCAACAGAUCUUUGCGUAUGAACAACAUAUCACCAGGAAAUACAAUUUCUAGAAGCAGUCCCAAAUUUAAUCACCAUUCUUCUCAACCACUGGCCUAUGAUAGGUCAUUCCAUUCUUCAUAUGCAGAUGAGGAUUGUGACUCUUUGGCUCUCUGUGAUCCUCUGCAGAAGAUGAAUUAUGAAGUUGACAGCCUGUCUGAGAGUUGUUUUGACAGUGGUUUGUCUACUCUGAGAGACUCCAAUGAGUGUGACUCUGAGGCAGACUACAAGCACCAGAGAGGAUUCCAGAGUUUGCAUGAAACACAGGAGAGCCUUGAGGGUGAUGCAUCCGAUACAGAUGUUCCUGAUAUAAGAGAUGAAGAAGCUUUUGAUUCUGAAAGCGUGGCCUCUGUGUUACACUGGAAGCCACAAAGAUCUGUUGGUGAAGGCAGCACUGUUAGCUCCUCCAGAAAACCCAUCUCAGCUCUUUCACCUCAAGCAGACAUGGCGGAUAAUAACUGUAAACCGACGUCUCAGAAGGCAUACAAGAUUGUGCUUGCUGGAGAUGCUGCCGUGGGGAAGUCCAGCUUCCUCAUGAGACUCUGCAAGAAUGAAUUUCAAGGGAAUACAAGUGCAACUCUAGGAGUUGAUUUCCAGAUGAAAACUUUAAUUGUAGAUGGUGAACGAACAGUUCUUCAGCUCUGGGAUACAGCUGGGCAAGAGAGGUUCAGAAGUAUUGCCAAGUCUUAUUUCAGAAAAGCAGACGGCGUCUUAUUGCUCUAUGAUGUUACUUGUGAAAAAAGCUUUCUUAAUGUACGAGAAUGGGUGGAUAUGGUUGAGGAUGGAGCCCAAAGAAGUGUUCCUAUCAUGUUAGUAGGAAACAAGGCUGAUCUUCGUGAUUCUGCUAGUGCAGAGAAACAAAAAUGUAUCUCAGCGUACCUUGGAGAAAAACUGGCCAUGACGUAUGGGGCAUUAUUCUGUGAAACAAGUGCCAAAGACGGAUCCAAUGUCGUUGAAGCUGUUCUACAUCUUGCUCGAGAAGUGAAGAAAAGGACAGAGGAUGAUGACAGCAAAUCCAUUACGAGUCUAGCUGGAUCCACUUCCAGAAAGUCACUGCAGAUGAAGAACUGUUGCAAUGGCUAAAUCGCAGCUAUCUUCAGUUCAUAAAGUCCUUGAUUCCAAAAUACUGAUCAUGGGACCCUGUUUCCCAAUGGAGUGGUGCGUCAUACAACACCGGCCAAUGAAGAAUUUCAACCUGACAAAUUGAGCCAUUCUUGUCUGUUAUCAGGAACCUCAGGCUUUCUUUGUUCUAUCUCAGUGAGCUCCUUGGGUUGCCUGACACCUAUAGAUCACUAAGAGAAAAUGUGUUAAUGAUUUUAAUAUAAUAUGGUAAAAUAAAAUUACAUUCUCAGAUCAAAACUAUUGAGAACCUACUGAUAAAAUUUCUUCAUAAGAAAAUUGACUUUGUAGUUAACCUGUGACAGUGUUUGGUUAAAAAUUUGGACACAAGAGCUUAAUACUUUGUUUUAUGGAAUUCAGUGUUUAAUACAAAGAACAAGGAAACUGGCAGGCUAUUGUAUAUUAUUGCUUUAAACCAUGGUUGCUAUAAGAUAGCAUGAAUAUUUUCAUUUGGCCAAUCAGUUUUGCUGUUACCUAGUCUUAUAAUACUGGGCAUGUCCAGGCCACAUUAGACGUCUUCCACUCUGUAAAAUAAGGAAGUUAGUCACCAGUGUAUCUUAGUCACCAGUGUAUCUUGGAUUCUCUAGUAUUUUAAGAAGCGGGAAGCACACAUGGUUCACAGUUACUAAUGACACUGUGAAGCAUACAUUUUGAUAUAGAGGUAUUGAUUUUUCAAAUUUCUGAAGUAAGAAAGAAUUUAUUUGAGAAAUUGGAAAUAUUUUAGACAUCAAUGUAAAUAAAAAUACUGGAUUUUUUUGGUGAAAAAAGAAAAAAAUGUUUAAAAAUGUAUGUAAUGAAAAUGCAAUUUCAAGAGUACUUGUGAAGUAUAAGCCUUAAAUUGUAUGUGAAAAUUUUAGUGAAGAUAUUUAUAACACAUCCUACCUAAAGAAAAAUGCUACAAAAAUGUAUUUUACCUACUGACUGCUAGAUGCUGAGGGUAGUUGGCACUAAUGGCCAAUGGGCAUGUGCCUUCUUAGGAGGAUGGCCACAGUCUUCUGAAAUUAGGUAGUAGUAGUGGCAUAAAUUGGAAUAUGCUAAGGAAAUUACCAAACUUUGUAUUUGGAAAGGAUAAGUUUUAUGAAUGUAAAUGUGUUUUAUAGACAAAUACAGUGGUACCUAAAGUAUCAACAUUUUACCAAAUGAAUAUAUUGUUGCUAUUUUACAUUGACCUGUGAUCUAGAACUUUAUCUGUAGCAUAAUGACAUUUCCUCAGCCCCUAUCUUCAAGCAUUUCCUUUCUUUUUAAUGAACAAUGGGAGAUUGUUAUUAGGCAUGACUUUGGAAAGUACCAUAUUGAAAAGAGAAUUACAUUUAAAUGUUAGUCUGUCCUUUGAAUAAUGUGACUUGUGACUGUUUAUCACCCAGGACAUGGUUAGUCUUGCUUUCGUCUGGAACUUGGAGUACCUCCAACUCCUUCUGACCCAAAUAUCUUUGGUCAGAUACCCAGAAUGGGCAAGGUAAAAUAGCAUUACCAGUAGUCAGAACCAGUUAAAUAAUUCUUAACGAGAGAUAUUUUGGUUCAUACAGGACUAGGCUUUGAAUAGGUUACCCAGAAUAUAAAUAAUACUGGUUACUUAUGUGAAUUGCAUUAUGUAUGUUCAAACAUUCCUUUUCGAUGAACUUAAAAAAAUCACUGGGUUAGCAAUGUGUCUCAGGAAGUAAAAGUACUUGUUGCCCAAGCUUGCCAACCCAAAAUUUGUGCCUGAACUCACAAUGGAAGGGGAGAAUGAAUUUCUGAAAUUGUUUUCUGAUGUUUACAAAUGUGUGCCAUCAUAGUGGCCAAAUGAUACAUGUGCACACAUAGAGCAAUAAAUAAUCAUUUUUAAAUAACAUUCCAUUUUGGCAAACACUUUUGUGCUUUUGAUUUUUGUUAUCGAACUUUAAAUACUUUCAACUUCGUUUCUUUUUCCUAAUGGGGAAUUGAUUAGGUACCAUUAUACACAAAAGCCACAUCUUUUGAAUGUUCAGUAACUACAUACAAAUGGCUAUUCUAUGUUUCAUGGUUUGGAACCCCAGUUAACAGGUUACAUUUCUGACAAAAAAAAAUAAUAUUUGGUGAGCAAUUGAUACCAAUGUCAGGUGAGAAUAGUGAUUAUUUUUGUAACAUCAUUAUUGUUAUUUUGUAACAUAGUUGUUUCCCUUACAGAGUGAGGUUCCUAGACAAGGGUGAAUCUUAUGUAUUAAUAGAUGGUACAUGUGUGCCACUGGCGGAACACACUCUGGUCGCAUGCAUGUUACCAUGUUCUCUUUAUUCUCAUGUUGUUUACCUCAUAUGUUGCUUUUUUUCUUCCAUAUUUUGCAAAAAGAGAGAGAGAGAGAUUGUUAAUGCAGAAGUUCUGUGUGGGGUUUUGCCUGUAGUUGUGGAUUCAGAACAGCUAUGUUGACUAGAAAGUUGUCUAGGUAACUUGAACAAGUCAACAUCUUCAGUGUUCCGAAUUUAAAAUAUCCAAAGUAGAGGUUUCUAUCUCUGCUUAACAAACUUGUUUAAGGAAAGGAAAUUCAGAACUCUUUUUAGGUGACUUUCUGGGAGACUGUAUUUUGAUUUCUCGAAAGUCUUCCCAAGUUUAAAGUAUAUUUAAGGACAAAAUAAUGCUUUCAAUUUAAGCUUACUUUAAUAUAUUCACACAUUUUUUCAAGUGUCUUAUUUUGCAUCCAUUUUUCCUUAGACAACUUUUAAAAUCACAAUGAUGCUAUAUCCACGUUUAAAUGCACUUUAUCAUACUAGAUAAUAUUUUAAUCUUAUUAUGGAAAAUAAUGUUGGAAAAGUAGGUAUAUUUUCACUGUUACCUUCUAGGCCUAUUCAUUUUCAGAAUUUAUUUUUCUACUUGCUGUUCUAUUCAAUAUUGUAUAAUAUUUGAUUAUUUAAUACUAAGUGUAAUUUGAAUAAAUACAGACUGUCCUCCCUCUUCUGAAGAUAAAGUUGAGGUUAAGGAUUUAUUUUCAUAUUUAUACAGGGAUUAGCCUCAGAAUAUUAGUUUUUUAGGUUUUUGCUGUUUAUUCAUGUAAGAAAUAAUGUAUGUAUAUGGCAGGUAAGCAACUGAGAAAUGAGUCACUGUUAUAUGAUUUUAAUGUAUAUGGUUUACAUUUUUUCAUAGUUUGAGUUGUGCUUCAUUUAAACUGUUUAUAUCUUUUCAAACCAUCAAUAAUGAUACCACAAAGUAUAAUUGCAUACCUAUGCAAAUAUCUAAGGAGUUAUAAAAGUCAUGCCGUGUAAAUGCAAUAAAGUGUACUUAUUUUGGUCCUUG